CAAUCGUUUCUCCACCAUUUUUUUUCCCCGUAGGGUAAUUUAGAAACACUUAAAAUAAGGGCUAUUUUUUGUAGUAGGGUUACCCUGGAGUGACGUUUUGAUAAUCGUGUAAAUCUCUCUCGGGCAAGGUGAAAUAUCAAUAUUUUCUGCUCUAUUUACUCCAAGAUUCUAAAAUGCUAAUCAGCAUUAGAGUAGAUAUCAUGCAAGACUACAAAUCUCUGCAAGUUCUUGAACGUCAUAUCGAGCUGACACCUUUGCUAACAGGUUUAUUCAAUGCCGUACAGAUGUGACGUCAUCAUUUGUGGAGCGAUCCCCUCACAUGACCAGAAGACAGAAUUGGCAUUUGAAGCCUCGUAAACAAUCGCUCUCUGACUGUCUCUUUCAAACAAACCGUGAUACAAACGAAAAUAAGAAAAGAAAACCACAAUUUAAUCGUGUUUUAUCAAGAUCUAAGUUGGGAUAGUCACAGGGGUCUCUGCUCGUCGAACUGUGAGACGGUAGGAGAGAGCGAGAGAGAAACAGAGACAGAGAGAGAUGGGUCUGUCAGAGAAAGAAGAGUGUGUCUUGUUGGAUCAAAAGCUGCUUGUCUUUAUGGACCAACUGGAGCUGCUGGAGGAGAAACGAGAGAGACUCAACUCUCUAAUAGAACAGGGAUGGUUCUCCAUAUCCAAAGCGAGGUAUUCGAUGGGCAACAAGCAGGUGUCUGCUCUGCAGUAUGGGAGUGAGAUGGAACCUCUGGUCCGAGUGCACACCAGGACUCUGGAGAGUGGUGAGGCCGAGUUCCAGACAAAGAGAAGGACGCUGAAGUCUCCUGAAGAGAGACAGGUGGAGGACAUUGGACCUAAAGACAAGGAGGGUGUGAGGAGAAGAGUGAAGACGCAGGAGGUCCCAGAGAUAGACCAGAGUGACAACAAGCAUCCGUGGACAGAGACUGAGCCGGCUCCCUCCUCCAAACCUGAACCCAACCCCCAGCAGGACCCACUGAAGUGGUUUGGAAUCCUGGUGCCUCAGACCCUGAAACAGGCCCAGGCCUCAUUCAAACAGGUGGUAGAGUUGUCAGCGGAGGUGGCUACUCUCCAGUCUACAGUCCUGACCACCAGACAACAGUUGCAGAUGAAACAGAAGAGCAGCAGCCAGACCCCGGACCUGACUGACCUGACUGACCUGACUGACAGACUGACCUGACUGACAGACUGACCUGACUGACCUGACUGACAGACUGACCUGACUGACAGAUGAACCAGACGGACAGAAGGACCAGACGGACAGACGAACCAGGCUGACCAGACGGACCACACUGACCAGACUGACCUGACUGACCAGAUCAUGGUUUAGCGUACACAGCCACUCUCUCCCACAUAGUAUAGUAGUACUUCUGUCUAGAGCCCUUUAUACAAAGGCUGAGGGGGCUGCAGCACCCCUGAUGAAUAAAUACAAAAUAUACAAAUAAUAAAAUAUACAUCUUUUUUUAUCACAA